CGGGAGUGGGUGUUGGUUGGCGGGGCUGUCACUGGGGUGUUGCGCUGCGGGUGCGCUCUCCAGGUGCGGAGAUGACUGCCGAGGAGCUCAGGCGCCGAGAAGGUCCUCCGUCGCUUCACUUCGCCCUUGAGUAGAGCCAGACCAGCCUCCAGUGGGGCCACUGGUCACAGCCGCCCCCUGCGACAAGCUCCCCGCCGCCCGUCGGCUUCUUGGCGGGACUGACGUGGGGGCCACCUUCGCUUCUUGUCGGCUGACGGUGCAAACCGACCGCACAUGCCACCCUCGGGACGCGACUGCCGGGGAUGGCACCGUUGAAAAUGCCUCCCCUGCAGUGACUGCGGGGAAGCCUCCUCGCGUCCCCCGCCGCCUUUCGCCUGCUGCUCGCACCGUGAGGCUACGCGCUUUUCCUUCCCCUGCUGCGCACGUGUUUCGCCAGCCUCGUCGCCAGCUCUUCUGCCGAGGGCGGAUCGGAGUCGUGAGAAUAGAUCGGACCCCCCCCCCCCCCGGCACCACCGGUGACGCGCUCCACGGGAGGGGGCCGGGUUUGAACAUGCCUCCGAGUGCAUCUCCUUGCUGCUCUGCUUCGACCCCUGCCGUUGGUGUCACGUUUUUUAAUUCAGCGUGCGUCAUGGGCGCUGGGAGCUGAUUCCCCUCGGAGUAGCAAACUACGAAAGGGUGCAAGAGGAUGAACCACGUGGGCAGUCCUGUGAAAGCUUAUGACUUCUUGCUGAAAUUCCUGCUGGUAGGGGACAGCGACGUGGGGAAAGGGGAGAUACUGGCAAGCCUGGAGAAUGGAGCCACAGAGUCCCCGUAUGGGUACAACAUGGGUAUAGAUUACAAGACAACAACAAUACUUCUGGAUGGCCGCAGAAUAAAACUGCAACUCUGGGACACGUCUGGGCAAGGCAGAUUCUGCACCAUAUUUCGUUCUUAUUCAAGAGGGGCCCAGGGUGUAAUACUGGUAUAUGACAUAACUAAUCGAUGGUCAUUUGACGGUAUUGAUCGAUGGAUAAAGGAGAUAGAUGAGCAUGCUCCUGGUGUACCUAAAAUCCUGGUUGGCAACCGCCUGCAUCUAGCCUUCAAGCGGCAGGUAUCUACUGAGCAAGCACAAGUCUAUGCUGAAAGACUAGGCAUGACUUUCUUUGAAGUAAGCCCGCUCUGUAACUUCAAUAUCACUGAGUCCUUUACAGAACUUGCAAGGAUAGUGUUAAUGAGACAUGGAAUGGACCGGCUGUGGAGGCCAAACAAAGUUCUAAGUUUGCAAGAUCUUUGUUGCCGUGCCAUCGUUUCAUGCACCCCUGUGCACCUAGUUGACAAACUUCCACUCCCAGUUGCCUUAAGAAGCCAUCUAAAAUCAUUCUCUAUGGCCAAUGGUCUGAAUGCUAGGAUGAUGCACGGUCGCUCCUACUCCCUCACAGCCAGCAACAACAACAAAAGGAACAGUCUGAAGAAAGCCAAAAUCAUCCGUCCACCCCAGAGCCCUCCAAAGCACUGUUCCAGAAACAGCUGUAAAAUCUCCUAAACCUACUAUUAGAGAGUGUUGGCUGGAGCCAACAAAAGGACUCUUGAGUUGUUGGAUCUGUUGUAUACAUAACACUACCGAAACAGAACAAAGGAAAAUGUCAUUUUGGAGUUGUUUGUUUUUAAUAAUGCUGCUUCCAGAUGUGUUACACAUUCAGCUAAAAAAAGGGAUGUGAAACUUUGCUGUUGGAUUAUUUUAUAUAUCUGUUUUUGAUGUGCAUGAAGACUUUGUGUUUUAUAAAGGGAGUAAUUUAUCACAAUAUUGAAAUUUCAAUGACAUGAAAUUGCAGAAGUGACUCUUUUUAAUUGAUAAAUUAAAUAUUGUCAACUCACAAUACUUUAUUUGCAGUUAGAUAGGAAUGAGUGUCAGUCUGUAGAUUCAGACAGAAUUUUAUCCACAAUGUAUUGUAUACAUUGUAAGAUAUAUAAGUAGUGAAACAAUUUUGGUGAUGUUGCAGUAGAGCAUCUAAUUCUGGUUUUGUACAGUUUCCUCUGUGAUCUUGAAGCACUACUUUGAGCUACCAGUGUGUAUAUGCAACAUGCACAAGAUUUUGUCCCAUCAAUGUAAAGAAAUUUGAUAAAGUUUUUGCAAUGUUGUUUAAUACUUCUAGGGAUUAAGCUGUGAUUUAUAUGCUUAUUUUUCUGGCAAAUCUAAAUUUUUGUAUCUGAUAUUCUAGUGACAGUGAGAAAAAGCCAAAGACAUCAAAUGCAUUUGCUACAGCAAUGAGAAGAAUGAUUUGAAAAUCUGCUUUAUCAGGAAAGGACACUAUUAUUUAAAAAUAAAUCAUUUAAAACAA